GCGGGCGGCCGGCGCUACCGCGGGCCUCCCGCCGAGCAGCCUGGGCCCAUGGACCUUUGCAUCACCGACGAGGUGGAGGAGCAGCUCGAGCUCUGCGGGGAGUCCACGGCGUUCCUCCGCUGCCGCGCGGAGCGCGAGGAGCGCAUGGCCGCGUUGGGCAAGGACGCCGUGCUGCUCAGCGUCCCCAGCAGGCUCGCCCUCGCGCGCUUCCUCAUGGCCGCCAUCUCGAAGGUCUGGGGCCAGGCCACCCGCGCAGCCUGCCCACAGAAGGCCUGGUUCGACAGCAUGCACAUGUGCGACGUCCUGGCGGCCCGCGGACUGAACUUCGACGACCAGGCCGCGUCGCACGCGAUCGCGGUGCUGAGGAUCUUGGCGAAGGCCGAGGACGCCUCGCAGACCAUGACCAGCGAGCGGCUGGCGACGCUGACGGACGUGCUCUGGCGCCACGGCGCGGCCGUGGAGCCUGCGUCGCCGGAGGACAUCGACGCGGCGGAGAAGCGCAUCCUGCGCUGCACGGGCUGGCAGAUCUGGUCCCCGUCGCUCCACUCGUGGCUGGCCGCGCUCCUCUCGCGCCUCCGGGUCCUCGGCAGGCAGCACCUCGCGGGGCGCUGGGCCGGCUUCGGGGCGGUCCUGGUGCAGCUCUGGCAGCAGAGCUACAGCUGCGGCACCGCGGUGGUCCUGCACGAGGCGUCCGUCGGCCUCCUGGCUCCCCGCUCGCUGGCCAUGGGCCUGCUGGGCCUCGGCUGCGUGCGCGCGGGCGUGCUUCCGCUGGACGACCUCCGCCCCGAGUGGCUCGGGGCGGCCGAGUGGGAGCAGGUUUACGUCCGUGCAAUGGGACCAGUGCCGACCGUCGAGCCUGACUGGGACGCAGACACGCUCACGCAGAUCAUCCAGCUGGCCUUCGACAGCGAGAUGGGCGCGGUCAGGAACGCCUGCGGGCGCGUCGCGCUGGUCGUGUCGGGCGUGCCACGGGAAGGCGCCAGGCAGCACGUCGCUGUCUAG